AUGGCACCACCAAAGAAGAAUGUUAAGAUGGAUUUGAACUCUUUCUUGAAUGAUGAAUCAUUUGGUUCAUCAUGGUCCGAGGAAGAUGUUGAUUUGAACAAGAUCAAUAUUCCUAUUGAAAGCAUGCAAGCUAAUACUAUUCCAUUGGAAGAUUUAGUUGCUGUCAACAAAAAGAGCAGUUUUGGCGGUAGUUCAUCUGGUAACUACGGUGCUUCCAGAUUAGAUCCUGCUUUACAAGGUGCUAAAAGAGAUUUCCAACGUACUGAAUACCCUGUUCCUGAUUCUCCACCUUACAGAGCUAUUAUCAACAACAUUCCAUGGGAUAUUACCCCAGAAGGUGUUCAAGCUUGGAUUGAAGAUGGUUUGCAAAAGCCUGGUGCUGUUGAAGAAUUAAGUUUACCAAGAGACAUGAGAGAUCCUUCACGUUUGAAGGGUUUGGCUUUUGUUGCCUUCAAGGAACGUGAAGACUUAGUCACUGCUUUAACUUUUAACGCUACUAGGUUGAACGACCGUACAGUUUAUGUUUCUGUUGCUGCUCCAAGAAAGGACUUCGGUUACAGAAAUGGUGGUGAUGAAUUUGACUGGGGUGGUGCCAGAGGUUCAAACUUCCAAAGAGAUGAAUCAUCUGCUCCAGAUUUGGACUGGGGUGCCGCCAGAGGUUCUAACUUCACUGAAAGAAAACCAAGAAGAGAAGAACCAAACUUAGACUGGGGUGUCGCCAGAGGUUCCAACUUCUCUGAAAGAAAACCAAGAAGAGAAGAACCAGACUUAGACUGGGGUGUCGCCAGAGGUUCCAACUUCUCUGAAAGAAAACCAAGAAGAGAAGAACCAAACUUAGACUGGGGUGUCGCCAGAGGUUCUAACUUCGCUGAAAGAAAACCAAGAAGAGAAGAACCAGAUUUGGACUGGGGUGCUGCUAGAAGUGCUUCUGGUAGAUCAUUCAAGGAAAGAAAGCCAAGAAAGGACGAACCAGACUUAGACUGGGGUGCCGCCAGAGGUUCUAACUUUUCUGAAAGAAAGCCAAGAACUGACAGAACUGACAGAGCUGCCACCGAAGUCGUAGAAGAAAAACCAAAGAUGCAAAAAUCUUCCUUUUCUGUCUUAAGUAACGAUGACGAAGAAGAAGAAGAAGAAGAAACUACCAUUCAAGAGGCCACUCCAGUUGAAGAAGUUACUACUUUAGAAAAAGAAGCCGCUCAAUUAUCAAUUGAUGACAAAGAUGAUGGUGAAUGGGAAGUUACCGGUAAAAAAUAA